AUGUAUACGUCACCAAUUAAACCGAAAAAUGCAGCAAUAGAAAACGCAAGGGAUUUGAUUUUGAUUGGAUACAUUUGGCCAAUAGCCAUGAUUCGUGCUAGCACUUCCGCAGAUGACAUGUCCACAAUCGACGCCAACAAUGCGACCAUACACCCUGAAAAGACUUCCAGUGCGAGGGCGCUUGAAAUGGCUGCCCCACGCAAACGGGCGGCUGCCUCGUUUUCAGGUUGGUAA